CGGGGAAUACAUGUAUUGUGUGCAGAAGGCCUUAAAGCUUGAAUGUGAUACAGAAUUUAGGCAGAUGUUAGCUAUUGAUACGCGUCUCUUUUCUUUUGUAUGUGGUGUAGUGUGAAUGUGUGUAUACAGUUUCGAAAAUUAUUUGUAGAACGCCUUUAUGCAGAUGAUACAUUUGUUGAGAUUAUGUUUCAAAAGAUCGAUUUUACCGCUUCCUACAUAUCAAUGAAUGUCUAUGUGUUAGUGUGCUUGUUAGAUGGUGUUUCCGGAGUAGACAAGGAAUGUGAAAUAAAAAAGCCGAAACGAAUGAUCAUCGUCUAUGAUGUGCCCAAUUGCUGCAACUCCGUCUUUUACUAGAAUUGCAUUCGAAGGAAUGAUUGUGUAGGGAAAAAGUGGCUUGGAUUGAUGUUGAAUUUGUGGGUGUAAAUCUAGGAAUAACGAAAAAACGAUAAGAAACAUGAAUUGUGAUCGAUUUUUGGUGGUUGUGUCCGGUGAUCUGUGAGGAAGAGUUGUAUAAUUACGGCAUUAGAAGUGUGACAUAAAGUAAUGAAAAUGUGUACAGUACAAACGCCGUGGAUAAUACAGUUCAAUAAUACAGUUCAAUUAGCGCAGCGUAUAUGUAUAGGUUAUGUUCAGCACUAACAUUGCGCACGAAUGUUUUAGUUUUGAAUGAAUAUUAUAAACAAACAACAAUAUGCUGCAAACAAAAGUUGUCGAACAUUGUUUUGAGAUCUGUGAAUGUGAAUGGCUUUGAACUCAUACACAUUGUGGAACCGCAUUCAAACUGCAACAUGGGAUUUUAAGUUUUCAAUGUUAAAAUGACAUGUCUUGACUCGCCUGCAAAUUAUGUAUGUUGUAUGUUGAAAAAAUUACAUGAAAAUCAGUUCAACCAUGUCUAAACAAACGAAUGGAGUAUCUUCGUUCGCUGCCUAUCCUGCAACACGUGUAAUCGGAUUCUACAAGUUCCUAGCUCGACAUUCCGGAAGGAGGCGAAUAGAUUUUAUGAUUCAACAAUUAAGCAAGACAUUGGUGUAUUGUGCUAUGAUAUUUAUUAGUUUGAGCUUUUAUUUUCCGAUGACAGAUGCUUGUUCAAGUAGAACAACACCAAAGCCUCGUCCUCCCAGUCCUACAAAUAGGCCCAAUAUUACUUUUCAUACAUAUAAAUGCCCUCCAGCGUAUGCGGCUUGGUAUUGCCUUAACGACGCCACCUGUUUUACGGUUAAAAUAGGAGAUUCUUUAUUAUACAACUGCGAAUGUGCUGAUGGUUAUAUGGGACCGCGUUGCGAAUAUAAAGAUCUUGAUGGUUCAUAUUUGCCUACUCGUCCAAGAGUUAUGCUAGAAACAGCUAGCAUAGCAAGUGGGGCUAUUGGAUCCUUAGUGUUAAUCAUCAUAGGUUGGUGUUGUUGGUGUGUUCGAAGACAUCAGCAACGUAAAUGGAUUGACAAGGAAACUAGUGUAGAUAUGGUAGACUCUCCCGGUGUUGUACAUGUUGUGCAUAGUGAAAGAUUACUUCGUCCAUUUGGAAUUCAUCAUCUUAAAACGAUACCUAUGAGCGACUCAUUGAAGUGAUACGAAUUAAAUGAAUGAAGAAUUUAAAACCAGCAAAUAAUUUUAAGUUUGAAUAAAAAUCAGAACUCUAGUAAGACAUCCAUUGUCUAAUUCAAGAUAUGUGUUAAAUAUUAACGCAUGACGGGGAAUUUUGCAGAUUUUUAUGACCUCAGAACUAUGAUAAAGACAUUUAAAUGAAAAAAGUAGACACACAAUAUUACCACGAUGUUUUAAAUACAUGUUUAUUUGUAGAUUUGAUUUCUGAUCAUCUAGCCUUAAAUGCCCAUAACUAACAUUAAUUUUUUUUUUGAACGAAAGAAGAAUACCAAAUUUAUUAAAAUUUUUAUCAUUCAACAUAUUUUGUAUGCAUUUAAUCAGUUCUAGUAAAUGUUUUAGUGAUAUAAUUUUGUUGUAAUCAACGUGAUCAUCCCAUCUUGUUAAGAAUAUUCAGAAUUUACGAAGAAUUAAGCUUCUAUUACUUUCAUUAUGUCAUUUAGUAUUCAAUAAAGUAUUGUAUUGCAAUGCUUCCUUGCUGAUAAUAAAUAAAUGCGUAAACAGUUGUAUGUUUUAGGGUGAUUAAAUUGUUCGAUAAUUUUUAUAUCAAUGACUUUGUCGUUAAUUUGAUACUUCGCUUUAGUGGAUGCAUUCACGUCCUUCACAUUUUUUUCUUUCUGAAUAAUUUGUUCAUGCGGAAAUUCACCAAAUUUGUACAUGUCAAAUGUAUAAUGAAGAUUAUGAAAAAAUGAAAUUGAAAAUCAUCGCUUAAGAAAGUAUUAUCUGGCAGGUCGUUGUUAAAAUUUAAAAGUAAAUAGAUUAUACCAUAAAUAUUUAUAAUUUAUCUAUUCAGCUUCAUAAGAUUUUAAAAUAUAAUAUUUUUUCUUUCACAAAAAACUAUUCUUUGGUGAUUAUUUUGUCUUCUAUUUACGCACAAAUAGUUUAGGUUGUGUACCAUUGCUUUAAUCUACAAUAUUUUUACUUUACGUUCAUAUUGUAUGUAUUCAUAAGAUUAUUAUAAAGUAUGUUUUAUACCUUGAAUAACUGAAUGUGCCUAAUCCGUAAAAAAUCUUGAUUAGUAUUUAUUCUAGAUAUUUUUAAAUAACUACAUGAUUAAAUGACAAACAGGAUUGGAAUUGGUUGCCCACCAAAAAAAAGAAAUUGUAUUACCUUUAGUCUAAAUUAAAUCUCACGUAUGGCUUAGGAGGAACUGCAAGCAAAUAGAAAUUUGUCAAACCUAUUGGAUUGGCAGUAUUAAAAAAUACUUUUUACAUUUACAUUAGUUUUUUACAUAAAUGUAUAGAGUAUUACCUUUGGGGUUAUUUUAUUUUAUUGGUUGAUGAGCCCUACACAAAUAUUAUUAAUUAGCAACAUUUUGUUAGUUUUGAAUACAAAAACAACAAAACAUGAAGCUGCAUCGAAAUAUAUUCGCUUUAAAUUACUGUUUUUCCUUUUCAUUGUUUAAAAUCAGUGCAGCAAGCUUCUUAUUCUUAUGAAGUUAUACAUUUAAAUAGUAACACAACAAAGAUACAAAAAAUACAAAAAAUAGUUUUAUGUUUGAUUCCAUGAAACAGUUGAAAGAAAACAUAAUUUCAGUGUAAACUGAUGGAGCUAUGUUUGUAUCGUUUAGUGAUCAUGAAUUGCGUGAAAUUCGCUUCUAUUGGGUUGAAUAUUAAAUCGUUUAAUUGCAUUUUUGUAUGUUUGGUUUCAUGUUACACACUUUUGAAACUUAUUUCAUAAAAAAAUGUUUAGUAUCAAACGAAAUUAAUUAAUUUAUGCAAUGCUCAAUCCAAUAAUAAAAAAAAUUAAAUAAUAUGGAGUCAAAACGAUGCAAAUGCAGCUACAACUGCCUUUUUACAAAGUUUAGUUUAUUUGCGCCUUAUUUAUCAUCAAUACAUUUUAUCUCACUAUAAAAAAACCAUAACAACUAAAAAAACGAGAUCAAUGUAGUUACAAAGUGACUUUCACUUAGACAAGGUUGUUGCAGGUUCAGAUAUGUUGGUGCACCCAACGGCCAUAUUGAAGUGCACAAUUGAUCCAAGUAUAAUAUGACAUACUGGUGUAUAUUUGAUCGUAGUAUCCUAUGAAAUACUGUUAAUAAAAUGUUUACUUGUCUUUCAACCACCAUA